AUGGGAAGCAAAGGAGGGUUCGUCCCGCUUGGGCUCCUGUUCAUCCUGGCUGUCCUCUGCCAUGUAGGUCACAGCCUGGAGUGCUACAGCUGUAUUAACCCAGCUAAUGGCUGCACUACGGUCGUCAGUUGUUCACAUAGUCAAGAUACUUGUUUCAUCGUUGAAGCCAUGCCACCAAAAACUUACUACCAGUGUUGGAUGUUUGACCGCUGCAGUUUCGAAGCCAUUGCAAAAUCCUUAGGGGAGAAGGAGCUUCAGUACCGCUGCUGCCAGGAGAACCUGUGUAACAAAAGUGAUGGGACGAGUAUAUCAGGGAAAACAGCUCUGCUAGGCAUCCUGCUGCUGGUGGCAGUCUGGCGCUUUUGUCUCUAAAUCUACACCAGGAGGGCUUCUCCUAAAUCUCCUGUUUCUGUAUAUGCCUUCUUUCCUGUGCGGCUGCAUUCCAAAGGCUUUAUAUUUUCCAACUGGAUCCUGUUGGGAAAGACUAAAACUAGCUUGAGCAACUCAGAUAAGAGAGAGGAACUCAGAGAGACGCUGAAGACCAGUCCUAUUAGCAGAGAAGACCUGUGUGAGGGAAAAAGUUUGAGUGAAGCGCACGUGAUUUGAGGAAGGUUGCAUGCUUCUUACUCUGAGCUCGAGUAGAUUCUCUGCGAUCCUCAGUUAUUUCCCUCUGGUUCCUUGGGUGUAGUUAAUGUGAUCAGUACUUUUUUGGGAGACUGGGGCAGGGGGCUCCUUUUCAACAGUCUCUCUCGCAAGGCAUGCUUUUUUCUCGCUUUUCAUGGCCCCUGUAUUGCCAGGUAGGCAUGAUGCAUGUUCCAGGUGUGGGCUUGUCAGGGACAGAGAUUCUUAAUGACUGUUGUAUUCUCAGCUAGAAGGAGGUAAGCUUUCCAGAUGGCAGGGCACGGAAGCACAAGGUUUGCCUUUAGAGAGGUGCCAGAGGCUGAAA